GUCAACCAGAAAUGAAACAAACAUUUAAAUCAAUUAAAUUGCAGUGGGCACAACUAAAAGAAACCAAUUUCCGGCACCCUCCGCCCUCCUCCGCUCUUGAGCUACCUACAUGUAUGCUAUGCAUUAAACUGUAGAUUCAAGAUACAUCUAGAGUAACUACUCGUCUCCAUUAUUCCCUCACAAUCCUCUUAACUGUCUUGACAGCAAAUACUAGCGCUUUUCCUUGAGCCUGAAUGGCUUCACCGCUUUGUCUUUCUAGUACCGGUGUGCUGAAUUUUACAACGCUUCCAACUAACCGUCAAGUUAAUAUAUACAACAUCAGCUCGCAUUCCCCCAACAUGAGUAGCGAACACAUCGCUAGCGAUACUAGCGGCUCGAGUCCUGUCCUCGCAUCUCAGGCGCACGAGGAAAAAGACAAGGUCGGCCAAAGCCAUGAAAACUUUUCACCCUCCAAGUCGCGACAUUCUAGAAUAUUGUCCGGCACGGAACUUUCCCCUUUGAAGAUUUUAAUUACAAAAGAGAACACUGCCGAGGAGGAGUCCCCUACACCCAGAAAGUUCGCGGCUGCUAAGAGCUCUAGAAAGAUAUCCCCCGAGAAACGUUUCCCAGUUAAAAUCAAUAGCAGCCCAUCCCCAACCCCGGAGAUCCAGAAACACCAAGUUAAGGAGCAUCAUUUAUCCAUUGACGAAGCGCUUCUUCGAAACGAGGGUUUAGCAACUGCUAUCAAGAUCUUUGAAGACGAUGAUACUACGCUUGAUGAUGGCGAAGAUAACGAAGUCGACACUACGUCUACGUCAAUUGGCGAUCAGCCAGUCGGCAAUGAAUCCUUGGGCCCGGACGAUACCAUGAUCAGCACAUUAAGUAAUUUCUCCGCGGUGCCAAAUAUGACCAUGUUCGCAAGAAUUGGACAUAGUCCUACCAAGUUCGCUAACACGGGUGCUACUCCCCUCGCCAUGCGGAGUAGACCGGAACCAUCGCCUUUGAGGACUUCUCGGCCUCCUACGAUGCACGAAUCCGGAAACACCACCAAUCUCCUCAUGGACUUUACAGAACAGAUGGGUGGCUUUUCGUCCAGAUAUGUACAACAGACACCGAACCAGAGUCAAUCAUUCGACAGAAAUCCGAGGCAUUCUAUUGCCGCAACGCCUCAGCGCCAACAAUCUAACUUGCUCGACUUCGAUAUCCCGCCUCUUCCCACGCCCCGUAGUAUACCUACCGUAACACCCAGAGAAUUGGAGUCGCUCAAGUCGGGAUUCCUCUCCGAAAUUAGUAGCCUUAAGGCUUCCCUUAGCGGUAAAGAAGCCGAAGUUUUGGCUCUGAAGACGGCGGUGGGUGAUGCUGAAAAACGGGUGGGCGAAAGCAUGGAACAGGUUCGUGAAGAAAGGGCGAUGAAGGAAGCGAUGGCCGAGGAGAGGGAGAAUUGGGAGGCGCGCAGCCGGGAGAUGGAGACUGUACUCCGCAAGGUUAAAGAAGAAAUCGUAAUGAGCCAGCGAGAGCGCGAGGAACUAGAGUCCAAGUUAGAUGAGAGUGAGAAACGACGCGAGGCCGCCGAGAUUAUGGCGCAGGAGGCAGAGAGUAAAAUGGCAGGCAUGCGCGCUGGCAAAGCCACCUCAGAAGCGGAGAGUGGUAACAAGUCUCCCGAUAAGACUAAGAAUACCGGAUCUCGCGAGGUCGAAAUCGCUGUGGAGCGUGUGGCUCGUGAAUUACACGUGCUUUACAAAAGCAAGCAUGAGGCCAAGGUUGCGGCCUUGAAGAAGAGCUACGAGAACCGCUGGGAAAAGAAGGUCCACGAGCUCGAGUCUAGAAUCGAGGGGCUUGCCGAGGAGAACGAGAAACUAAGACUCAACCAGGACGUCACCAUGACCAGGGUUGAUCCCGAUCAAACCCUCGCAGACGAGGAACGCAAGGUCCAGGCUAUCAGGAACUCAGCGCAGAUCAAGGAAAUGGGCGCCGAGAUCGAGAAACUCGAAGCUGUCAUCGACAGCAUUAAGAUGGAUAAUCAUGAUCUCCGCCAGCUCCUCGAAAAGGAGCGCGUCGAGAAGGGCGAGCUUGUCAUCUUAGCGGAAGAACUGAUGUCGAUGCAGAGUUUUGUCCAGACGGAACCGCCGCCGCCGCCGCCGUCACAGCCGACUGUUACCAAGACCCAGCACACUCGCCCCGAGAAUUUCCGCAACAGCAUCGGCAGCCGGCCGUCGGGUCUCAGAGCUCCCGGGUCGGUAAAGAAACCGACGGACAGUAGGAUUGGCGGCAUUGCUCAUGACCGGAGUAGGAAUGGCGGAUCUCAGGGGGGUCUGCCACGCCCCGGUAGUGGCACGGCUAUGCGGAGCGGCAUCAUGAGUUCCAUCGAGAAGAUGGGUAACUAUCGGAGUCGAGGCGAGUAGGCAUGGAUGAUGAGAGUUGGUAGCCCGGUUGGUGACGAGUCAUGAUUAGGUGUUACGGGUUCUGAUGCCGAUAUGAUGAGGUUAUUGUAAUGAUUAUUCUCCCAUUGGAACUUAUCGGAGUUUAGGCCUGGAUUAAGAGCCUCCUCUGAAUUACAGAACUGCCUAUAUUAAAGCUAGGUCGU